AUGUCCGUCACUGGUAGUCGCUUCUCCGCGUCCGGUGUUACCGCGAAAGAUCAAAUCGGGAUGGGCGAUAUCGCAUACCAUGAUCUCUUAACGGUGGUGCAGGUACGCGUGUGUCUACUGGAGACGACCGCGACUGAGCUCGUACAUGAACUAGCUGGACAACACGCGACAGAGUUAGCAAGCUUGUCGAAGUAUAGAAACGGUGCAGACAAUGAAUUUCAACCGUGCGACAGGCACAACAAUGAUUCACGACAAUUAACGCCGGACUUUGUCGAGAUUGGUGUCCAGAACAGUGGCACGGCAAGUUUCGGGGAGGAGGUCGAGGCGACACGGAAGCAGUGGAGAAGGAGAUGGAGUAAACUCGCGCAAACUUACAAAGGAACGCGUCGUAGGAACAGGUACAACCCGGGAUAUUUGGUGGCAGGCGGGGAUGGGGACGAAGGUGGACGAGCGGUCGAUCAACCGCGCUCUCGGCCGCGGGCGGUGAUUGGCGGAGAGGAGGAGCAGACGGGAGCCGUCGGUUUCCACUUUUUCCUUUUCGACUUUGCGAACUUCCUGCCCUCCGCCGCUGCUGCCUUUCCCCCUGGCCUGGCCUUCCACCACCGCCCCCAACCACCCGCGUAUUUCCCCUCGUUCGAAUCGCAGCGAUCAGGAGAAUUUUCUGGAUCUGUUCGUGGAAUUUUCAUUGCACUCAUAUCGCGACCGAGUGCGACAAUCAUAUACUUCCAUGGAGUGCUUUCUCGAAACCUAGUCUGGAUUUCCACAAUCGACCACACGGAGACUUAA